AACAUGGCGGCAGAAUAUCAAGACUGUGAUGUGGCAAUGAUGGCCUGUUAAUUAUGAUACCUAUCAGCAACUUGAUUGAUACUUACCUUACCGAUCGCGUUAACUUUCGUUUGAAGAAGAAAUUGACCUUACGGCGGCCUUGCGACAAUGGCAUACCAUCCAAAUGUUACAUCUUAAUCAACCUUCUAGUUCCCUGAUUUUGAGUGUAUAUCAAGUGGUAAGCGUGAACGGACGACAGAGUCCAGCUGAAUCAUCCCACAAAAAAGUGUUAAAAUUGAGAGAAGAUAAGACAGAAUGGAAGACGUUAAAUUUGGAAACCAAAAGGAACAAAAAACAACAAAUCCUGUCAGAGAUGGAAAGUACUUUUCAAGGGAUGCAGAUGCCAGAAGGAGGCGUACAGACGAAGAUUUUAUUGGAAAGCCUGAAGUUGAAGCAAAGCGUCCGUUCGACAAUGAUGGUGUCUAUGAGUGUGAGGGAGCCAUGGAAUUUUCAACCCAAAAGGAUCGCAUGACAACAAGCAUGGUAUUGAUUGUAAUACUGCUCCUUGUAGUUACGGUCUUUGGAGCUGGGAUUUUAUUCUAUGGUCAGCUAGAAAGCACUGCUAAUAUUAGCCAUGAAGAGUCGGCUCGCACAAGGACUCUAACAGAUAAACUUCAUGAGCGAGGUCAAAGAGCCCGCGGAAAGCCCAACCACAAGCCACGAGAGUCGGGUACGUCAGUUCCUGUGGAGGAAUUCGAAGAACAUAUACGGCGUCUACACGCCAACGACGGUUUGUUAUUCUCUCACGAGUACAAUGCUCUCAGUCCGCAGGCUGAUUUCACAUGGAAAGCUAGUUUGGCGCGGGAGAACAUGCGCAAAAACCGUUACAUCAGCAUUGUUGCGUACGACCACAGCCGAGUAAAACUGUCACCGAUCCAAGGUGUUCCCGGGUCUGAUUACAUUAACGCCAACUUCCUUGACGGUUAUCAGAAAAAGAAGGCGUACAUCGCCACCCAGGGACCCUUACCAGAGACCGAAAGCGACUUUUGGAGAAUGAUCUGGGAACAAGACUCGAGGACUAUUGUCAUGGUAACAAACUUGGAAGAGCGUGGUCGUAUUAAGUGUCACCAGUACUGGCCGCCAGAGGGUGCGAGGGUAUAUGGCGACAUCCAAGUAACACUGAAGCAAGCUGUGAAGCUCAGUGAUUUUACCAUCCGUACAUUGAAUCUCAAGAAGGCUCAUGGUACAGAUGAAAGAACAGUGAAUCAGUAUCAUUACACAAUAUGGCCAGAUCAUGGUGUUCCCACUAGUCGUUCUUCACUCCUCAAGUUUGUGAGAAAGGCUUCUGAAGCAAAUCCACCUGAUGCGGGUCCCAUGGUUGUUCACUGCAGUGCUGGGGUGGGCAGGACUGGUACUUUUAUAGCAAUACAUGCCAUGUUACAGCGUCUUGCUGCCGAGAAAUCAGUCGAUGUAUUUGGAUACGUUAUGUCACUGCGACGUGAUAGAAAUGCCAUGGUAUACGUACAGGAACAAUAUGCUUUUAUUCACUAUGUUCUGUUGGAGGCCAUCAAGUCUGGAAACGCUUGAUACGUGCAAAUAUCUUAGAUCACAUAUUGAUAAUAAUAAUAAUAAUAAUAAUAAUAAUAGUGAUAUUAAUAAAAAUAGUAAUAGCAAGGCAGAAGACAACCCCAGUGAAGUGUUUCAAAUACUGGUAUCUUAGAGAGUUUAGCUUACUUAAAUAAAUAAAUUCAAUAAAUAAAUUAUUAUUCAAUAAAUUGAAUAAACAUUUCCAUCCAACUUUUUACACAGCUUUUACCGUUUAUUUCUUUUCUCACUCCUUUUUACAUUUGUACAAGUUUAACGUUAUACUUACUAGUGCUGCAGUCAGUUGUCCUGUUUGAAAAGGAAAUCUUCGCUCUGAACUAAAAGCCUACAUAAUCCUUCCAACUUUAAAAAAAAUGUACAUAAGAGAGCGUAAAACACCCCUCCCUCGAAACCAACUCAGAUUUUAUCCAAAAGAAGGUGAUCUACGUGUGUCAAAUAAUCUCCAAAUAAGGAAU